UCGGUCAGACGAUACGGACCACGUCAUACCACGUCGUUACCACGGAUAACCCAGAGUAGAAUACCAAUACACCAAUCGCAUGCGGCUGGCUUGAAGAGCGGGCACAGCAAACAGCACAGACAGCACCAAGAUGUCACAAAAUCAAUCCUAUUUCUGGCAAACCACCAGACACAAUGUAUACCUGAAGCGUACCGCCAAAUGGCAUAUGGCACUGGCCCUGAUGGUGGUCCUCACAUUCGCGACGAUAUGUGCGGCAGAAUUUCAACAUGAAAACGAGGACAAUGUGGCCGUACAAUCGGGCAUUCAGAGCGGAGUGGAGGAUCAAGUGGUUGGGAAUAGAGCGGCAACGGAUCUAAGUGCAUUACCAGAUAAACCCACAGAUACGGAUCAUAAGCAGGCCAAGGGCAAGGGGAACUUUAUCGAUGCUUUCACAGCAUCGAUAUCUGUUAUUUUGUUAACAGAGCUAGGCGAUAAGACUUUCUUUAUUGCUGCCAUAAUGGCAAUGCGCCAUCCCCGUUUGAUUGUCUUUGGCGGUGCCAUUGCCGCCUUGGCCCUUAUGACGGUACUCUCAUGCGUAUUUGGCAUGGCAGCAAACUUUAUUCCUAAGAUUUAUACGUAUUAUAUCUCAACUGCAUUAUUUUUAAUAUUCGGCUUGAAAAUGCUGUACGAUGGCUACAAAAUGAAACCAACCGAUGCUCAGGAGGAACUCGAAGAGGUUCAAACCGAUCUGCGUAAGCGCGAAGAUGAGUUGCUGCGCAAGGCAACGCGCAAGUACGAGGAUACGGAGACGAAGCGUAAGAAUAGCAACUCGGACAAGGAGGAUGCCAGCGAGCAGGCUCUCAUCCAUGGCCGCAACUCCAUUGCCAUUGCCCCCAGCUCGGGCAGCGGCAAAGAUUCCGAUAUGCAGCACCGCCAGAGGCGCAACAAUAAUAAUAACAAUACCACCAAUUCGACUAGUAAGCAAAAUAGCUGUGAUAAAACUGGCAACGAUGAUGGCGACGACUACCACGAGUCCGAGAUGUACCUCAAGGAUGGCAUUCAGCUGAAGCUGAAGACCUUCCACAGCACCAGCCCGGCCCAUUCGGCGGCAUCAUCGAACCAGACCGAACAAACCCAAUGUGAAAGCCCACGCAACAACAAUCUGAAACUGAAUCUGAACGGACCCUCCUCCGUGGCGGGUGACGAUCAUCAUCUGACUGACCCAGCAACUGGGCUGGCGCUGGAGCCGCGCGCUCCCCUGGCCGGACACGAGAGCAUGCAUAGUCUGAGUGGCAGCUUGAAUGGCGGCGAGGACUUGGCUGGCACCGGAAAUGGCACUCUUAAGACACGGCUGGACCGUGAUGUGAAUGCUGCUCUUGUUCAUGAUGCCGAGAGUGGUCGCCGCCGCCCGCUGCAGCGACGUGGUGCCGGCUACUUCACCUGGCGCAUCUUGGCCCAGGCCUUCACAAUGACCUUCCUCGCCGAGUGGGGGGAUCGUUCUCAGUUGACCACCAUUAUUCUCGCUGCCAGCAAGGACGUUUAUGGCGUAAUUGCUGGCGGUAUUAUUGGCCAUUGCAUCUGCACUGGCCUGGCUGUGAUUGGAGGUCGUCUAGUGGCUUCCAAAAUCUCUGUGCGCACUGUCACCAUUGUUGGUGGCAUCGUAUUCAUUGGCUUCGCUGCCUAUGCUGUUCUCAUGCCACCCGAUGACAUGUAGACAACAAAAUAGAGAUUUGCCGCCCGUUGACGACCACCACAAAAAAGUUUAUAUAUAUAUUCAAUAUUUAGUUUAUAGUUAAGUCCACUGUUUAUGCGAGGAGCACCCAGGCAUUGCUUAAAUGUUAAAAUGAAUAUUCGAUGAUUCGCUUGCUAACCGAAAAACUUAAAAACAAAAGUGCCUUCAGUGCUUUUCGCCACGGCCAUGACAUAUUUAAAAAAUUUAGUUCCCACAACAUGAAAUUUCGUAUUUACCCCUGCCUGCACUUUGCCAAUUGCCAGUCACCCCACUGUAUGUCCCAUUGUUUAGUAUUGAUUUUGAAUGUUCAGUUUAGUGUUUAGUAUUAAAGUUGAAAGAUGAUUGUAUUGUACAUACGCGUGCUUGUGUUGCUUAUGUUGCCUAAGGCUCCUCCUCAAAGUUGAAACAAACUCCCAAAACCCCCUUCAAUGAAUACUUUAUGAUAACGUAGCAAUGGUUACUUAAAAAAAAGUCCCCCUAAAAAGAAACUUUGUACAAUUGAUUAUUUAUGCGAUUUUUGUAUGAAGAAUUUAGUAAAUUGAGCAAAACUAAAAAGCAAAA